AUGUCUGUCCGGCGAGAGUGCGUGAAAUUAGCGUUGCCUGUAGCGGUGGCUGUGGCAUUGGUUUUGUUGGGAUGUCCUGCGGAAGCCGAUCGCUUCCAGGAUAACAUCUUUUUCAACUACUAUAACUCGUCCGGGGAGUUGGUGCACAUCUACAACCUGGCGGAGAAUAACACGUACGAGUAUGAUAAGGAUUGCCACCCGGGAACGAAGUACGCCGUGGUCGUGUUCGGGUGGAAGAUCGACUGUGACAAGUACUUCGUGCAGGAUCUCAUUCGAAAUCUAACCAAAUACCGUGGCGGAUGUGUCAUGUGCAUGAACUACGAUCGAUUCGCUCAGCUUCCGACUUACGCUCGGCUGCGUCGUAACUUCAAGGACAUCCACAGUGUGCUGCGGCAGAAGCUCGAGUUCCUGGAGAAGGAAGGCUUUAGCCCGGAUGAUGGUUAUCUGUACGGUUUUAGCUUCGGUGCUCAGGUGGCAUUGGCUGCCGCCAAGGAGUACGGAACGCGCAAGAUCGGUCUACUGGAUGCUUGCGACAUCGUAGGCAGUGGCUUCGACGUCUCGGAUACGAAUGCUCCAAACCACCGGACAGCGGCCAAAAACGUGCAAUGCAUCCACACCAGCCGGAAUUACGGCACUCGGCACCGAACCAGCUGCCAUCAGGACUGGAUCAUGGGCGAUUGUGGCAGCUACCAGCUUGCAGCACCCUUAUCACCCUGGGGAUCACACGGAGUCUGCACGCUGCUCUACAACAGUGCAUUCGAGCACGACUUCCUGGCGGGUCCAAAACCCUCCAACUGCACCGGUGAGUCUGAGGUGCGCUCGUGGCCUGAAGGCUUCAAGAUGGGCUAUAACGAGAUGCGUAGAACGACCGUCCGUGGCCAACUAUUCGCGCCCACCUUCGAAACAUACCCGUUCAACGUGAAUGUGACGGCCACCAGCAACUCAACGACACCAUCCACCAGUGGUAACGACAUCGAGCAGCUUCCUGGGUUCGAGUUCCGGGCGGCAUCGAAGCAGGAGUGGCUGCUCGACCCCGAGGAAGCUCUCGAGCAGCUCGAAGCUGACUCGGAUGGGGCCGAACAACCGAACUAA